CUGAGCUGCCAGCCUGCUGCUCGACCGUCAUCGGCCCCUCCCGCUCGCUCGAGGCCCUCAGAGUGAGAGGUCUACGGCGUCCUCGUCGCCGCGUGCGAUCCGCGCAUCUCUGCCUCCUCUCUCUCACACACACACACGCACACACACCUCUUGACGCUCCCACCUCCGCAACCGACACGCGCGCGUGCCGCUGCCAAGUGGCCCAACGCAUCUCCUCUCCGCCCUCACUGCGCCUAUGGCCGCGCCCGCGCCCGCGGCCGCAGGCGGCAGCAUCAGCGCCGCCAGUGCCGCUGACGGCGUAGGCCAGCGUGGCUCCUACAUCUACGUCUCGCACGCCGACUCGGGCGGCCAUGUCGGCGAUGACGGUGCCUCUCUCUCCUCGCUCCAAGGCGCUGCUCCGCACAGACGCCGCACACGACAGCUACCUCCGCCCGCGCCGCUGCCUCGGCCACGCUUCUUCCUGCUGCUUCCCCUCCUCGCGCUCCUCGACGUCGCGAGCUGCGUCUUGCUAGCUGGUGCUGCAUUGCGUGCGCUUGAACAACAAGGAGAAGGAGGAGGAGGAGGAGGGGGAGAGGACGACGGCGACGAGUCGCAUGCCGCGGCGAGAGAAAAGACGCGCCGCUUGCUCGAGGGGGUGGUGGGUGUGGCGGCGCUGCGAGGCGCGGCACUGGUGGGCAUGGGAGUGGGCAGAGGAGUGAGACAAAGGGCCAUUGCGGUGGCGGCACUGUGUCUGCUCUGCGUGCUCGUCCUAGUCUCCAUCUCCAACGUGCUCUUCCUGCUGCCGUCCUCUGCCACUCGAGUGCCCGUGGGCAGCGUGCGGCCCGUCUAUGUGCUGCUGCACCAGCUUCUCCUCAUUCUCCUCGAGUGGGCCACGUACAUUGGCGUCAUUGGCGUGCGUCUGCCUCCCUCUUCGCUCUCGGCGCUGCGCGCCAGACGCUGGCAGCGCGGCGUGCGGCGCGAGGCUGAGGCAUGGAGAGGCGAGGAUGAGAGUCUGUAUGAUGCGGGAGAUGAGGGCGACGAGGAUGCCAGGCUUAGCCAGUCGCCCGAGGAGGAGGAGCAGCAGGAGCUCAUGCAAAGCAGUGAUGAGGACUCGGAAGCUCUCGAGGCGCGUCUCUCGCACAUGCGACCUCGAGUACUGCAAGACGAAGCACGCCACACCACUGCUUUCCCCGAAUCCGACGCCGAAGAAGACGCAGGCGUAUCCGGCGAGCGUUCGCCGCGACUGCUUCUUCGAAGCACGCCAGCCACGCUGCCGCGCUCCAGCACACUGCCCAACGUCUCUUCUGCGCCGCGAUCGCCUGCACAACAGCAGGCACAGCAAGCUGGCGUUGGCAGUGGCGGGGGCGUGGGCGUGGGCUCGUCUUCGCGCCUACGCACACGCGCUUCCUACGGCGCGCUGCGCUCCUCCUCCGGCGAGGCAGCGGCAGCAAGUACGCUGCAACAGCAACAACAACAACAACAGCGCCGCUCGCUGCACUCCACCUGCAGCUCGCCGGCGCGCGUCGCCUCGAUGUAUGCAGCAGCAGCAGCAGCAGCGGCAGAUGUCGAAGCUCAACGCCGUUUCCCUGGCGCUGGCAGCGAGGAUUCGGCAGAUGAACUUGAUCCUGACGACCUAGUAGACGCGCCUUGCGACCGCCUCGCCGCGCGAGAGCAUUCGCGGCGGCGCCUGGAGAGCGCCAAGCAGCGCGGCGAUGCGGAGCGCCGAGAGCGGCGCCACAGCAGUCUCAUUGCGCCGCGAACCUCCUCCUCCUCCACCACCACCACCACAUUGCGCGCGCAGCCGGGCCCGGGCUCGACGUCGCCGAAUCUGACGACGUCUCCACGAGCACUAGGCUCCACGACGGCAGCGCCAGCAGGCGCGCAGAGCUCGCCCGCCUCGCCGACGCCGACGCCGACGCCGACGCCGACGCCGAGGCGUGCCUCGGCAACCACGCCUUCGGCCUCCUCGACGCCACAGUCGCAGACGCAGACGCACUCGCAGCACGCUGCCGAGCCUGCACCUCUUCCUUCUUCGCCCUCGGCGACGCGCCGCAAGCUGAAGCUGAGGCUCUGGUCGAGGAAGCUGCGCGGAGAAGGAGGAGGAGCAGGAGGAGGAGCAGGGCGCGAGUCUACAGAGUCACCUCCUCCGCCCUGAAGACCCUUCGGCGAUGUGUAUGCUGCACGCCUCCGAACUGCGACCUGCGGGCGUAGGGGCGUGGGGCUAAGUUGCAGCGCCACUCCCGCCUGUGCGGCUGCGCUGAGCACGCAACGCUGGCAGCCACCGCUGAGGGUGUGGAGUGUGGGGGGG